GGUCGGAGGCGCAGAGCGUCGUUGGGCGGGCGGUGCGCGCUGACGUCACUUCCGUCGAAACACAGGAUUGAUUUGCGCCGCCGCCUCGCCGAGGUCUUUCUUUUUCCGCCGCCAUCAUGGGUCGUAUGCACGCUCCAGGAAAGGGCCUAUCCCAGUCAGCCUUGCCAUAUAGGCGAAGUGUGCCCACAUGGCUGAAACUUACUUCUGAUGAUGUUAAAGAACAAAUCUACAAGCUGGCCAAGAAGGGUCUGACUCCUUCGCAGAUUGGUGUAAUCCUGAGAGAUUCUCAUGGUGUUGCCCAGGUUCGUUUUGUGACAGGCAACAAAAUUCUAAGGAUUCUUAAAUCUAAAGGACUUGCUCCAGAUCUUCCAGAAGACCUCUACCACUUAAUCAAAAAGGCUGUGGCUGUUCGGAAGCAUCUUGAGAGGAACCGCAAGGAUAAAGAUGCCAAAUUCCGUCUCAUUUUGAUUGAGAGCAGAAUUCAUAGGCUGGCUCGUUACUACAAGACCAAGAGAGUACUCCCUCCUAAUUGGAAGUAUGAAUCAUCCACAGCUUCUGCUCUGGUUGCAUAAGCUCUCCUGUUCACUAAGGGAAUCAAAUCAUUCACAUCUUAUGUCCCUGCAAUAUCUGCUUGAGAGAGAGAUGCCAUAGAGGUUUCUUCCUAUUUAACAUUGGUAAAAUGAGUUGUCAUCUUUACCAUACCAAUAAAAGCCUCUGAUUCUUUUUCCA